AUGGGGCUGACGAGCAACCUGUGGAAGAGCUCAUCCCUUCUGAGCACCGAAAGUGACGACAUCCACUACAGCGAGCAAGAUGAUCAGGAUUUCGCUUCUGACAUCUACGUCCUGGCGGAAAGCACCACGGACGAGCUCCUAAAUUCCUGGAAGGUCUUCACCGCCCUUAAGGAUGAGAGCUACCAAGGAAGGCGGCUGGAGAAUGCCGCCUGGCGCCUGCAUGCCAUGCAAAAACUCGGCAAGAGCCCCAGCAAGGAGGCAGAGUCUCGCAUCACGGGGCGUGAGGCAAACAGUUCUACAGAGUCCCUCGCAAACAGCAGGAGCACCGAGGUCCAGGAGCCUUUGCCCAUCAUGCAGGCAACCUGGAGUGCAGAACAGCUGCUUGGGGCCUGCCUGAAGCAUAAGCUUUCCAAUGAGACAAUGGAAGAUUUUCUGCAGAUCCUGCACAGUCGAAAGUUCGACUCUGCGGAUCUUCCGUGCACCUCGGAGGAGCUCCGUGCCCUUCCUCUUCAUGGCCAUCCGUAUCGACCCGUCUGCGCCAUCUUCACCCACAGUCUUGAAAGGAACGGUGCGAACAACUUCUGCCUUUACAUCGCAAGGGUCCUGAAGCAAAGCCAGCCUUUGACCAUCUUCUCCCCAAAGCCUGGACCCAUGAGGGAAGACUUCGAGAAGCUGGGCCUGCAAGUUUCUAUCGUCGACACCGCAUCCCCCACCUUUCUCUCCGACCUCGCCGCUUCGCUGAAGGAGCUGAAGGUUGGCAUGCUCCUUGCGAACACCAUCAUGCGCUGUGACAUUAUUUUGAUGGCGGCGGAUCUUCAGCUUCCCUCCGUCUGGGUGAUUCACGAGUCUUGGCCGCAGGAUCAGCUGGACCACUAUGCGAAGGAGGUGUUUAUGUGCAAGGACAUCGACUCCAGGGUCAUCCGGAAGGCCUUCAAGGCUGCAGGGAACAUCAUCUUCCCCUCCGACAUGCAACGCCACCUCUACGACGGCAUGUUCCAGCCGGAAGCCGGCAGGACCAUCUACAACGGCAUCCCUUUGCAGCAGCUGGACCACUUCAAGCAAACCAGAGACAGGCGAGAAGUGAGGUUGGCGCUGGGUUACAGUGACGAGGACUUUGUGGUCCUGCACCUGGGUACUGUCUGCAGCAGAAAAGGGCAAAUGUUCUCGGCGACAGCAUGCUCCAAACUCAUCAAGGAGGAUGGCUGCACGAAUCUAAAGCAGCUGAUCGUAGGCGCUCGGUACAUCAGGGAUCAUGAGAUUCGGUACAUUGACCAGAUCUUUCAGGUGGCGGCCGCCCAUGGCGUCUCUUGCAGGCGUUGGGAGGACCUGACGGAAGAGGAGCGUGGACAGCCUCAGAUCACUGUCAUGGACAUCCAAGCAGCUGUGUUGCAAUUCUACAUGGCCGCAGACGUCGUUUUGGUCCCAUCCUUGAACGAGGUCUUGCCACUGGUCAUCUGUGAAGCCAUGGCCUUCGAGCGACCAGUCGUAUGCAGCCGCAUCGAUGCAAUCCCAGAGGCUGUGACAGAUGGAGUUGAAGGGUACCUGGUGCCCCCUGGAAGCCCUGAUGCCAUCCGAGCAGCUGUGCUGAAGCUGUACAGAGACCCGGCCAUUUGUCAGAGGAUGGGUGCAGCGGGCAGGGCCCGUGUCUUGAAGCAGUUCAGCUACAGCCGAAUGGGUGAGCAUUAUCGGGAGCUCCUGGACACGGUGACUACGCAGCCAGCGAGAGCCAUGGCCGCUCCUUCAAAGGAGCCAUCCUUGGGCGAGAUGCUCAAGGGCCGCACCGUGCUCGUCGACAUGGACAACACCAUUGUCGACUGGGAUGCCGAGUUUAUCCGUCGCUAUGCUUCAAGCGGCUUAAACCGCGGAAACCGUGACUUGCAGGAGCUAGAGAGGAUGGUUCGGAGUCGUGCAAAGUUCGAGAUCGAGGAAAACUUCCCCGAGUCGGAGCGCACAGAGGUGCUGAAAGCACUAAAAUCGCCGGGCUUCUACGAGAGCUUGAAGCCGCUGCCUGGCGCCGUGGAGGCUUUGAGGGACCUGGUGGAGGUUUGGGGUGUAGAUGUGAAGCUCGUCACAGCUCCGCACCCAAGCUGUCCUGGAACUUGUGCACUGGAGAAGUACGCUUCUGUCGAGCGCAUUUUUGGAGCUUCCUUCCUGGAUCGCUUGAUCAUCACUAGGGACAAGACUCAUGUCAUGGGAGACAUCCUCAUUGAUGACAAGCCGCAUAUCUCGGGCAGCAAGUCGUGCCCUUGGAAGCACGUGAUCUUCAGCCAGUCCUACAACCAAGACGUCCAAGGAAAGGCGCGGCUUUCGUCUUGGAACUCCUGGCAGGACGUGCUUCCCCGGGCGAUCUGA